AUGGAUAUUACUAAUGAAGUAUCAGUCCAAGCAAUGAUAAAACAAGAACAGAUGCAGCAUGAUGGUGUCAAUGCAUAUAUUAAAGAAAUCAGUCAAGGACUUUUACGAAAUGACAGCUGGGAAUCAUUUAAAGCAGAUGAAAUAGCUGAAGCAUCACUUCAUGUUCCUGUUAAGAAAACCAAUUCUUCUAAUGAGGAUGAACAAACUCAUCGUUUCCGACAAUUUUUAUCCAUUGCAACUAACUUUUCCUCAUUACCAUUUGCUGAAAAACUGCAUAAAAUUCCAGAAUUAGUAGAAAGCAUUAAACAAUUACUUGAAAACAUGAUGAAAGAGGUUCAAGAAUACAGCGAUAUGGCAAAUGAACUUCGUGAUCUUAUUCAAUGUUUUGUUCGAAUGGUAAUGCAAGCAAAACAUAAUGUAAAUAUGAUGCUUCCCCUACUCACAGCUGCGAAAUUACAAAUGACAAUUGUUCAAGAUGUUAUGAAUACAGAUCCAACUCAGACACUUAACGAAAUCGAUAAAAGAGACAUUCAACUUGCAUUGAAUCGAAUGUCAGAUGGAAUACAAAGCUUGCUCAGUUUAGCUAAGUCGUCAAAAGUUGAAAGUCAAAAACUAGACGAGCGAAUACACAGUAUGACUAAUACGGUUCAAUCAAAAGAAAUGGUUGUAGAGGAACGAUUGGAAAUUGCAAGCUUUUGUUUUAAAUAUUCCAUGCCAGUGGGUUCACUCGCAUCGGGAGCUGCAAUGGGAGGGUGUGUUGCAGCCGAAGCGUUUGGUGGUGUUGGUGCAUUAGUGAUUGCAGGAACAGCUUUUCCGCCUGUAACUGCUAUCAUCGGUGCGUGUAUUGUAGGUGGACUGUGCUCUGGAACUGCUAUUCUUUUGGUAAAAGAAUUUUGGGCUCGCCAUCAGCUGAAGGCACUUAGCUAUUUGGAUCAAAUAUUUGAAGGUUUAGUUCAAUUAAAUUCAGCAAAUAUGAAUUUUAUGCGUUAUAUGGCGGAUACUGAAGAAAAAGCAAAUACGGUUUCACAACAUAUUCAAGACAUUCAAUUAUGUUUAGAGAGUGAAAGACAACGGCGAGCAAAUCAUGAUGUCUGCACUGUAGCUAUAGAUUCAACAACUGCAAUGAUAGAAAGUUUGAAACAAAUAUCUAAUAUUGAUAUAUCAAAAUGGACCGAUACCUCGAAUACAAUUAGUUUUUCGAAGAAAAAGUUCAUAGCAAAUGCUAUUACAAACUAA